UCAUCUUUUGAAAAUCCAACCCCACCACCCUCUCUCUCUCUCUCUCUCUCUCUCGUCGCCCACAGAACACUACGUCCAAGCUUGAAGCUACUACUACUACUAUAUAUAACCUUAACCACAACACUAACCAACCCCUCUUCUCUCCUUUCUCUAACUUGAUUCAUUUUUUCUUUAUAAUUGAAUCAUUUCAAGAACCUUUGAAAGUUUAACAACGCCGCAUCAUAUUGUUCACUCAUCAACCGCUAUCGUCAUUGUUUGUUUAAAAUGCCUCCAAAUCCACCAAAGUCAUCACUCCUCCUUCACCGGAUCAACCACACCGCCGCCCUCGCCAACUGCCACGACCAUCGUGGCUGUGACACUAACCUCGUGAAGCCCUUCGCCGCCGUCCCUGAUGCCGUAGCCCGAUACCAUACCCACAACGUGGCGCCAAACCAGUGCUGCUCCGCGGUGGUGCAGGAGAUCGCCGCCUCCGUCGCCACCGUGUGGUCCGUCGUGCGCCGCUUCGACAACCCGCAGGCCUACAAGCACUUCGUGAAGAGCUGCCACGUCAUCGGCGGUGACGGCGACGUCGGCACGCUCCGUGAGGUCCACGUCAUCUCUGGCCUACCGGCCGCUAGGAGCACCGAGCGCCUCGAGAUUCUCGACGAGGAGCGCCACGUCAUCAGCUUCAGCGUCGUCGGUGGGGACCACAGGCUCGCCAAUUACCGCUCCGUCACCACCCUACACGCUGCCGGCGACGGUGCCGGCACCGUGGUGGUGGAGUCGUACGUGGUGGACGUGCCACCAGGGAACACGCGUGACGACACGCGCGUGUUCGUGGACACCAUCGUGAGGUGCAACCUUCAGUCACUCGCGCAAACCGCUGAGAACUUGACGCAACGGAACAACGACACCGACGAUUACAAGUGCUGUUCCUAAUUUUUCCUUUUUAACUUUUUUUGGCUUUCACAUUUAUGAAUUUUAGCGUUAUUGUGUAUACGGUAAUUGUUAAUUAAGUAUAAUAUAUGUAUAUUGUGAUUACUGGACUGUUGAUUGUAUGAGUUGGUAUAUAUUCAAGCCAGUUUUCUCUUUAUAUUUGUUGUUAGUUUCUCAAUUUUCACUGAAAAAUUGAAAAUUUUGACAUGGGAUUUUGUAAAGUUGGUACUAUGCAUCGUUGUUGUGUUUCCGUAAAACAAAACAUAGCCUGUUGAG